UCAAGAACGAGACACUGCUAAUCUGUACGUGAGUGGCAUGGCAUCAAAUCACAGCACUUCACCCCAAGAUGACCAUCUUCCUCAUUACCUCCAGGAUGAAGACCCCUUUGCAUCAAAACUCUCUAGGGAAGCUGACUUAGUAGCUGGAUUUUAUUUAACAGUAAUUGGGGUUCUUUCCACUUUUGGGAAUGGCUAUGUUCUUUUUAUGUCUUUGAAACGGAAAAAGAAGCUCAGACCCGCUGAGAUAAUGACUGUCAAUUUAGCCGUGUGUGACUUGGGGAUUUCAGUUGUCGGAAAACCAUUUAGUAUAAUUUCCUUCUUCUCUCACCGAUGGGUGUUUGGCUGGCUGGGCUGCCGUUGGUAUGGAUGGGCCGGCUUCUUCUUUGGCUGUGGGAGCCUUAUCACCAUGACAGCUGUCAGCCUGGAUAGAUACCUGAAAAUUUGUCAUUUAACUUACGGUACCUGGCUUAAGAGACAUCAUGCCUUCAUCUGCCUGGCAAUAAUCUGGGCCUACGCUAUGUUCUGGGCUACUGUGCCAUUUGCUGGUUUGGGGAACUAUGCUCCCGAGCCAUUUGGAACCUCCUGCACUCUGGAUUGGUGGCUGGCUCAGGCUUCAGUGGCUGGACAGGCAUUUAUUCUGAAUAUUCUCUUCUUCUGCCUCUUGCUCCCAACUGCAGUGAUUGUGUUUUCCUAUAUUAAAAUCAUUGCAAAAGUCAAGUCGUCCGCCAAAGAAGUUGCUCAUUAUGACACCAGGAUUCAAAACAAUCAUGUACUGGAAAUUAAAUUGACCAAGGUGGCAAUGUUGAUCUGUGCAGGAUUUCUGAUUGCCUGGAUCCCAUAUGCCGUGGUAUCAGUGUGGUCAGCUUUUGGACAGCCAGACUCAGUGCCCAUUCAAGUUUCAGUCGUCCCAACCUUGCUUGCAAAAUCGGCAGCUAUGUACAACCCGAUUAUUUACCAGGUCAUUGAUUGUAAAUUUUCCUGUUGCCGUUCAUUGCAGAAGAAGAGCUCCUUGAAGAAAUCCAGGCUGUAUACGAUAUCUGGAAAUAGAGAGCCAACAGCAGUGAACGAAACCCACCUGGAGGUGUGACGGCAUAUGGACAGGUGUAUGGAAA